GUGCCGGUCAGAACACGCCGUGACGUCACUGUGCCAUCAUGAGCUCCACUGCUGAGGACACGGGUGGACAUACAGACAACAGGUACGUUAAAUAUUUAGAACCAAACGGAUCGAGUAUCUGUGUGUGUGUGUGUGUGUGUAUGUGUGUGCGCAUGUGCAUGUCUGUGUUUCCUGUUCCUGUAAAAACAGGAACUUCUGUCUGUGUUUUUGAUGCUGACAUUGGUUCCGCCUGAGGGUCAGUGAAGGCAUCGCCAUAAUGCUUUCACUGCCAUGUUGCUAAGUUGCCUCGAGAACUCAUGGAAACCCUGCAAGAACCCUGGAGGUUCCUCACGAACCUGGAAUCUCUUAAAGAGAAGUUGAACUCCCUAAAAGAGAACCUCUUUAGAACAUCUGAACUACUCUCAGGUAACACUUGGAACCCUGAAAACAUUUCAAGCAACCUGGAAGCUCUUCAAACGCCAUUUCAAUCUCAUCAAAUGCUUAUGCUAUACCAAGAAUGGAAAUCAACAAACCUGAAAAUACCUCAAGAUGCUACUUCAGUAUAUCUGAUGCCUCAUGAGGAACCCCUUUAAGCACUCAUAGGACCUCUUGAAGUUCCUCAGGAAACCAUGACUCCCUUCAAGUACCCAGGGUUCCCUUCAAAAUCACUUUUUCCCUCUUCAACCUCAAUUGCAGCUUUUUAAGGACUCUUGGAACCUCCAUAAGUACUUAUGGAAACCGCACUAAGAACAGCUGAACAUCUUACAGAUACCCCAAGAACGUGUCAAGUAUGUUAGAACCUCCUUAGAACUCCUGCAUUCCUCUCAGGUAAACUUUACUCUCUCUUAGGAACCCUUCAAAAACUUAAAAAACCCUGAAACCUCAUCCAGACACAAAGCCCAUCUAAAGAGUCAUAGAACCUCCUUAUAACACCCAAAUUCCUCUCAGGUAAAAUUUGGACCCUCCUAAGAACCCUUGAACCCAUUCCACCAAUCUGGUGCUGCCUCAGGAAACCAUGGAAACCCCUCAAGAACCCUAAAGGUUCUUCAGGAACCUUCUUUGUUUUAUUUAAAACCUCCGCAAGCAUCUGGAACCUCCCACACCCAUUAGCCUUCCUGAAAGAGUCUUCGAACCUCCUCGGGUAAACUGUCGACCUGCUUAGGAACCCUGGAACUCUUUCAACGACCCUGGAACCUCCUCAAAAACACCUGAAACCUCUUCAAACACUAUUGCAGCCUUUUCAAGUACCCCUGAAAAAUCCAUCAAGAACCCUGGAACCUCCGGAAGAAACCCUAAGCCUGUGUCAAGAGUCUUAGAACCUCCUUAGAACACCUCUCAAGUAACAUUGGGAUCGUCUUAGGAACGCUGGAACCUCCUCAAACACAGGUGCAGUCUCCUCAAGUAUUCGUGAUAAUCUCAUUUAGAACCCUGGACUUUCCUCCAGAACCUUCUUCAUUUUAUGCAGAACUUCAUCAGGGACCCCUGGAGCCCACUAAGUAAGCACACCUGCACAGACCAGUCUGGCUCAUUCUCCUGGCUGGAUGUUUAGUGUUGGUUUUUCCCAGCCAGGCAAUGAAGGCAACACAGUGGAAACAUGAGAGCCCUCACCUGAAGAGGACCACCCACUUUCUGCUGCACACCUGAUCUCCGUCACCUGUGACCUGCAGACAAACACAUAUACACGGGUGUGGUUACCUGGCUGGGUGUCUCCUCUCAACAACAACAAACAGAGGUACAAUAGAGCCCCGCCCCCCCUCACCUGCUCAGGUGCGUCAGUCUGAGUGAGCAGGUUUGUUUAGUCUGAUCAGAUAUAGAUUUUCAGAGAACGACGCGACGUUCUCCAGACUAACAUGCCGAACUGAGGAGUGUUACCUGCCAGACCUGACAGAGCUGCUCCAGGAGCCGCAGAGCCAAACAACAUCCAGGACAUGGAGCUGAGGGAGGAGUGGCAGGACGAUGGCUUCCCCAGACCACUACCAGAGGACUGUGGGAGUCCGGAGGAUGUCGAGAGUCCAGAAAGGGAUGCCAGAGCACCAGCCCCGCCCACCAGCCUUGCCCUAUCAGGUACCGUCGGGGGCGUGGCAAAGAAGCGUCUGGUGGCUCCAUCUCUCAGUCUCACUUUGAGCGGCCGCGACUCUCACGACCUGAAUGACAGCUUUUCAGCAGCAGCACUGUCUGCAACACCAGAUGAGACGCCAUCUCUCGACAUCAACCUGGAAGCUCUGGAGACACCGUCGGACAGCGAGACGGGAACGCUGCCUGACAGCAACCCUGACCUGGAGUGGGAAGAUGACCUGCCUCGCAUGGGGAGGGGCAGGGGCGGGGCCAUGGGCGUGGCCACAAGCCCAACUGUGUCAUCUGAGGGUCUAAUGGAGCUAGAUCAGGUGGACAGCAAGGGGCGCCGCUGGAGAAGGUUCUGCAUCGCUGGACAUGAGUACCACGUCAACAUGAGUGUCCUGGAGCCGUACCUGCAGGUCCUGUCACACGGAGGUUAUUAUGGGGACGGUAUGAACGCCAUCAUCCUGUUCACUUCCUGUUACCUGCCAGAGAACACAGUGGAGGACUACGAGUACGUCAUGGACAACCUGUUCAGGUACAUUGUGGGAACGUUGGACCUGAUGGUGUCGGAGAACUACCUGCUGGUCUACUUGUGUGCCAUGGCUCCCAGGAACAAAUUGCCAGCCAUGAAAUGGCUUCACAACUGCUACACCUCCAUUGACAGGAGGUUGAAGAAGGACCUGAAGGGGCUGCUAGUCGUCCAUCCUGCCUGGUACAUUAAAGCUCUGAUCACUGUGGUGAAACCUUUCAUCAGCGAGAAGUUCAGCAGGAAGAUCCGCUUCGUUCAGAGUCUACAGCAGCUCUCCGAAUUGAUCCCCACAGACCGACUACAGAUUCCAGACGCCAUCCGACAGUUUGAUGAGAAGCAGAACAGAUGACAGUGGAUGAAUCUGGAGGUCGGAGUUAAUCAGGAGAACGUCUGUCCAGCUGCUGUACAGACGAACAGACUGAGAGUUGUUACUGAUGCUGCCUGAGUGUUGGAGGAGAUCAGCGUUCUCCAACAUACAGAAGAACAUCAGGUUCUCUGAGGAACACGUGGAGACGUCCUGACUGUCUCCUCUUUAAUCUGAGAUAAGAACAGCAGUGUUCAGACUCUGAGUGACUUUUCCUUUAACUGAUCUGGGAGGUUUGUUUGAACUGUUUCGGAUGUUUAAAAACACCAGAAGUUGGUUUUACUGAGAAAUCAGCAGCAUCCUGAUGUUUCUGCGUGUUGACCAUCUGAACCUGUUGUCAUAGCAACAGGGUAAAGCCUCCAGCUUGUUUCUCUGCUGCCUUCAUGCUUCUGAACAAACACAGCUGCUGAUCAGGUUGGUUAAUCUGGGUUUAAUUUGGUUUUAAUAUCCAGCUGCAGGAACAUGUGUUUUACCUGCUGCCCACCUGUAAUAAAAGCACCGAUCAAACAGGUU